AUGCUCAACACCACAGUAACUCUCACCCACGUCACCCCGGUCCCGUCGGGAAUGUCCAAGGAGGACGCCAUAGCGCUCCUCCACGACGCGGAGCACCACAUCAAGUGCGACCCCAACAUGAAAGACUACACCAAGCGCAGCCCCCAGAUCCCGCCGACGAUCCCCAAGGACGUCGAGCCGAUCGCGGAAACCCAGUGUUACUCGGUCACUGACAGCGUGCCGACGUUGCUGCCCAAGGGCGUCUGGGACAGGGAUGCCGUCAGCGACUACGACUUCACCUUCACCAAGGACGGCAGCUUCGUGCGCACCAGCUGCCCGCUAAGUGUCGUGCUGGAGACGCGAUGGACCGUCCGGGACGCGAGCGGCGGUGGGUGCGAGCUCGUUGAGGUGGUUGAGAUCAACUGCUCAAAGUUCCUGGCCAGCGUCGUUAAGGGUCAGUGUGAUGCGCACUGGGAAGACUUCCACAAGAGAAUUUUGUCGGGAAAGCAAUGA